CAAAAUACUCUCCCGACCAGUCUAGAUGAUCUCUUCAAUGGAGUACUUCCAGGGGAGCAGCACCAAGUGGCCUCCUGUCUGCCGCAUCACCCCUCCCGACAGAAACGUCGUGUACCAACCAUUAAGGCCUUCGAUGAGGAACUAGAAUGGAGCAACGAAUCAGAUCUUUUGUCCAACGUUCACAAUAAGAUUCAAGAGCGUCGAAGCUACAUGGACCGCCUAGCACAAGUCAACGCCUUCAGUUCGAACUCCCAGUCUGGCAAUUCCCUCAAGGUCCC